AUGAGCCGUAACGGACGUCACCAGGGAAGGAUGAGUGACUCUGCGGUGGCGGGGUCCGGAGUGGUCGUCUUGGAGGAAACUGGAGAAACCGUGGAGCGUGCUGCUUCCGGGGAGAGCCAGAACCGGGAGCGGGCCCCCUUUGGCCGUGCGUUCUGGCCGCGGCAGCAGACGUGGCUCUGCGCUGUGCCCCUGCUCAUCGGGUUCAUCGGCCUCGGCCUGAGCCUGAUGCUGCUCAAGUGGAUCGUGGUGGGAACGGUGCGGGAUUAUGUGCCCACGGAUCUUGUGGACGCCAAUCGCAUAGGUCAGGAUCCCAUCUUCCUCUCCAAACCCAGCGGGAUUCCGAAAAACGCAGAUUCGUCGACGGUGACAACCAGCACAACGAGCACCACUACUGCUGCGGCAGAGGCCAAACCAGCCGGCAGAGGGAGGACUCGCUACACCGCCACCACGGUCAGCCACAGAGGAGGCGGGGCUUACGGGAGCCAGGUCACGCACAGAAAUCCUGGGAAUCGUAAUGGACGCCACGGGUACACUACGACAACGGCCGCAGCCUCGCCCGUGGGAGGGAGUAGUGCCAGUACGUCGCCACCAAAUCCCACGGUGCUCCACGACCAGACCGCCAUGUGGACCCCAGAGCACACCACCCCCCCUCCUCGCACCACAGAGGCUCCCGGGAAGGCCAGCACCACGACACGCAGCCAUGGAGGCCAUAAGACACGUAAGUCAGAGUGA